AGAGAGAGAGAGAGAGAGAGAGAGAGAGAGCGCUUGUUGGUCGCUUUGGCGUCGCACCAGCUGUUUAUAGCCGGAGUGACAGCGCGCAUUGCCAUUAAUUUAUCAAAGUCAUGCUCAUGUCCGCUUCGCUUCUCUCUCUUUCUGACACUCGUUCAACUUUGUGCCAACGAGCGCCAGGUCGCAGCUCGUGGGAGCUUCAGCAGCGGAGGAGGAGGAAGAGGAGCACCUUUUAAGGAACGAGCGGACGCGGCGGGGUCGUUGUCGCGCGCGAGAAGCGCUCGAUUUUGCCUUUUUGUCGCGCGUCGUUCCACCGGUGGAAGUUAUGACUUCGGUCUGGAAGAGGCUGCAGCGAGUUGGUAAAAAGGCUUCAAAGUUUCAGUUCAUUGCUUCGUACCAGGAACUGGUUUUGGAGUGCACCAAGAAAUGGCAACCAGACAAGCUGAGGGUGGUGUGGACCAGGCGGAACCGGCGCAUGUGCUCCAAGCUCCACAGCUGGCAGCCUGGGAUCAAGAACCCGUACAGAGGGAUGGUGGUGUGGCCCGUCCCAGAGAACAUCGACAUCUCGGUCACACUCUUCAAGGAGCCCAAUGCUGAGGAGUUUGAGGAUAAGGAGUGGACCUUCGUCCUGGAGGGUGAGAACAAGGGGCACCGCAAGGUUCUGGCGUCAGCCGACAUCAACCUGAGGCGUUUCGCCAGCCCGACGCCGACCCAAACGGACCUGACGCUGACGCUGAAGCCGCUGUCCGUCAAAGUGGUGGAGGCGGCGCUGAAGCUGUCGCUGUCCUGCGUCUUCAUCCGCGAGGGCAGAGCCACGGACGAGGACAUGCAGAGUCUGGCCAGUCUGAUGAGCGUCAAACCCACGGACAUCGGCAACAUGGACGACUUCAACGAGAGCGACGAGGAGGAGGACAAGAAGUCGCUCACUGCUACAAUAGUUCCACGCACUCUGACCCGACCGAACCGACCCGCUCCCCCUCCUCCUGACAAGCAGAACCCCACUGGGCCCUCCUUUCUAGGUCCAGCAUCCUCUUCAUCCUUUCUUCUCCUUCCCGUCUGUCUGCUUCCGUCCAUCAACUCACCAGCCUGUGGACCCGACGCCGGUCCUCCCGGUUCUGCCGUCCACUCCCGCCCUCCUUUGCCCACGGCGCCCCGCCCGUCUCCCCGUCGCUCCCGACACGCCUUCUCCUCGCCCCUCGUCCAAUCAGACGCCCCGCCUCCUCCCGGCCCCUCCCCUCAGCCCUCACCCAGGUCAAAGCAUAGAAAACUAACCUCUGAGCCUCCUGCUUCCUCCGACCCACAGUCCAAUCCUCCGAGCGUCCAGGUGCCGGCGCCGACGCUUUCAGUCCACGGUGCCUCCGUGACCCCGCCUCCCACUGCCGUCUCUACUGGUCCCCCACCACCCGUAACCAACCCUCCAUACACAAUCAUUACACCAUCAUCAUCAUCAUCUGCCACAGCUCCCCAGAAGUCUUCUCUCACCCCUCUGACCCAUAAGCCCAUCUCCACCGCACCUCCACCUACUCUCCCUAAAACCUUCCCUCACCCAAAGCCCUCGCUGUCCUCACAGCCCCCAUGCACUCACCCUCCUCUCACCCGGACCCCUUCUCAGCCUCCGUCUCUGCCCAGAAUCUUCCAGACAGGUUCAAUGAAAGUUCCUGUUUCAUAUCAGCGUGUCCCCCAGGAGGUUCAACCAGCAGAUGCUACUUCAGCCGCUGUUCGUUCCCACAUCUUCAGACCUCAGAUUGUGAAGUCUAUCGCUCGCCCCUCUUCUCCCUCACCGUUUUCUGCUGACGUCCCUCCUCCGGCUUCAGCUCUGUCGUCCCCCACAUCUCACCCCAUGUCAGAGUCAGGUGCUCAGGGUGCAUGGUCGAUAUCUGACGUCGCCCCCGUCCCCCUGUUGAGCAGUCCCGACCUCGACGCUCUCUGCGACCCAGUGGCUCCAGCGCUUUCUGCCUCCCUCUCUCGCUCCUCCUGCUCCUCUCCUCCUUCCACCACUGUUUUAGCCUCUUCUCUUCAGCCUCAGCUUCCUGUGUCUCCUUCUGCUCCUGCUCAGAGCAGCUCCUGCUCAGUGGUUCCCGUCACCCAAGCAGAGAAGGAAACAACUCCUCAAAGCCGAGGGAGCGAAGCGUCCAACGUCAAAGCAUUCAAAGCGGCCCAGGACUCAAAGGUGUCCGUCACAGAGAACAAAGCUGAAUCAGCGCGGAUCAGUCCUGCCCCGUCCCGCUCUGAGCUGAUCGUAGCUCCACCGCCUCCGUGGCCCUUCUCCUGCUGUGAGAGCUCCACCCCUCAGCAGCCCUCCACCAAUGUCGUAGCAGCUUUUAUCACCGCUAAACAGCCAAGCGUUCAGGGGGAGAAUUAUCCAAAAGAAAACAUUAAUAAGAUGCAAGGCAUUGGUAGCACUAAGACCGAAUCAGCCCCACUGGCAAAGCCUGAGGCUGAGCCUGAGUUUGAUGACAUCAUCUUUGAGUCAUUGAACCAGAGACAGGAAUCAGGGGGGAUGUUUCUGGCAGAGGAUGACCGUAAGCAGGGUACUAUCAAAAGGUGUCCCCCGGGUCUUGAACAAAGGUCCAUUGAAAAGGCCCCGGGUGAAAAGCCAAUGGUGACAGAGCAGGUAGAUGGAGCAGCAGCAGCAAAGAAGGAGGAGAUGAUGAAAGCCGAGUGGGAGAAACAGAGGAAGGAGGUGGAAAAGAGGAGGACGGAAGAAGAACAAAAAGCAAUGCUGCUAAAGCAGGAGGAGGAGGAGAAGAGAGAACAUGAGGAGAAGAAGAAAAGACUGUUGGAGGAGGAGAAGAAGAGGCUUCUACAAGAGGAGAAGGCAUUCAAAAAAGACAAGGAAAGGAGGAAGCAAGAGGAGGAGAGACUCCUGAUGGAGAAAGAGGAGAAGAGGAAGAAAAAGCAGGAGGAGGAGAUGAGACUUGAAAGAGAAAAAAAUAUGGAAGAGAGGAGAGUGCUUGAGGAGCAGAUAAAAAGGAGGGCAGAGGAGGAUGAGAGAAGGAAGAUGGAAGACAAACGCCUGAAAGACGAGCAACAGAAGACUAAAGAGGAGGAAGAAAGGAGGAAGAGGGAGGAGAUGGAGAUAAGACGUUUGCAGGAGGAGAGAAAUAAAAAGGAGGCAGAGGAGAGGAAGAACAGGGAGGAAGAGGAGAGGAGGAAGGAGGAAGAGAAAAAGGAAAAGGUGGCAGAGAAGGAGAGGAAGAGGAGGGAGGAGGAGGCGAAAAGAAUCAAAGAGGCAGAGGAGAGAAAGAGGGAAGCGGAAGAAAAGGAGAGACUCAUGAAAGAGGAGACGCAGAGGGAGGAAAAAAGACAAAUAGAGUGGAAGAAAAAAGAGGAAGAAAGACAGAAAAGAGAGGAGGAGAAAAAAGCCGUAGAGGAGGAAGAGAAGAGAAAGGAGAAACUCUUAAAGGAGCAGAGAAGACUAGAGGAGGAGGAGGUGAUGAAGAAAAGGGAACAGGAGGAAAAUAGACUGAAAGAGGAGCAAGAGAAAGCAGAGAGGAGAAUGAGGGAGGAAGAAAACAAGCGAAAAGAAGACGAAAGGAAAAGGACGCUCCACCAGGAGAAAGAAAAGAUGGAAGAGACUAAGAAAAUAGAGGAGGAGGCCAAGAGGAGGAAGGAGGCGAACAAGUCGGAUGAGGACAAGCAGAAGAUGAAAACCCAGGGUUCAUAUAGGUCUUCUUCUUUGCUAGUUUCUCAUCUAAACGCUCACAAAGAUCCCUCCAGUGUUGCGCCUACUGUUCAUCAGCUCCCUCCUCUGGACAAACCGGGUACUACAUCACAAACUCUCAGCCAGAACCAACCGAGACGCGAGUCUGGCCCUGUGUCCAGUGAGCGUUCCUCUGUCGCAACAGAAGGUUCAUUGUCAAAAAUAGUCCCAGAAAAGAAAAUGUGUUCGGCAUGUGCUCCACCUGACAUCCAUUCAGGCCCCACUGUUAAAGCGAGCACAGCUGAGGUGUCGACCGUAGCGCCGCCUCCUCAGGAGCUGUGUGACGCAGAGACUCCUCUAUGGGAAGCGCUAGAAGGGAGAAGUGGGCAAAGUAAACUUGAGAGCAUCUCUGCUUUCAAGGGUGCAAAACCUUUGUGCAGAGGAGAAGAUGAACGUCAGCUGAUCAAAGACUCUAAUUCGCACCCUUCUGCACCGUUGGGUAAAGAGGAGCCAAAGAGACCCAGCAUUGAACCAGCAACCUCACUCAAGGUUUCCUCCAAACCAACAGCCGAGCGAACCACUCUGACGCUGGAGCCGCUGCUGCCUUCGAAACCAGAACCAGCGCGGAGGCCGGAACCACAACAGGAGGGAGCGGAUCAGGCGAAGCCCGCCGGUGUCGUAGACGGAGGUUUGGGGAGUGUCAUCGACAACAAGGGGCCCGUGUGUGAGAGUGAGAAGCAGCUGUGGGCGGCCGUGGAGGAGACCACAGCGGAGGCGGGAGUGGGAAGAGGGCCGGGACGUAACCAGGUCACUGGAGAGGGAGAGGAGGCGGGUGUGACGGGGGGCUGUGACACAGAGGCCUCCAUCCUGCACACAGCUGGAUGCCCUGAUGCAGCUCAUCCACACCCACCGCCAGCAGGACACCUUCUAACGCAUGAAGAGCCACACAAAGUAGAGGCAGAGACUCUGGAUCCCUGCGAGGAUCCACUGAUCACUGUGGAUAUUUCACCACCCUCAGCUUUUUCUGACACAACGGCCAGUCUGACGAUUACUGAAGAGAAGGACUCAAACACUGGUUUAGCUCAGAAAUAUGAGGUCUCGCCUUCGGAUGAGACUUGUGGCCUAAGUCUGGUGGCGAGUCUGAGACGGGCAGCCAUUGAACAGGAGAGAGAGAGGGAGCAGGAGAGGGAGAGAAGGGAGCAGGACAUGAUAGAAAGCCUGAAGAAGGAGAAGGAAGCCAAGGAGAGGAUGGAGAGAGAAGAAAGAGAGAGGAAAGAGAAGGAGAGAGUGGAGAAGGAAAAGGAGCAAAGAGAGAGGUUGAAACGAGAGAGAGAGGAGAGAGAGAGGAAAGAAAGAGAGGAAAGGGAGAAGAGAGAGAAGGAGAGAUUGGAGAAGGAAAAAGAGGAGAGAGAAAGGUUGAAAAUAGAGAAAGAAGAGAGAGAGAGGAAAAAAAGAGAGGAAAGGGAGAAGACAGAGAAGGAGAGAUUGGAAAAGGAGGAGAGAGAGAGAUUGAAAAGGGAGAGGGAGGCGAAAGAAAAGGAGAGAGUGGAGAAGGAAAAGGAGGAAAGAGAGAGAUUGAAAAGAGAGAGAGAGGAGAAAGAGAGGAAAGAAAGAGAGGAAAGGGACAAGAGAGAGAAGGAGAGAUUGGAGAAGGAGGAAAGAGAGAGGUUGAAAAGGGAGAGGGAGGCGAAAGAAAAGGAGAGAGUGGAGAAGGAAAGGGAGGAAAGAGAGAGAUUGAAAAGAGAGAGGGAGGCGAGGGAGAGAAAAGAGUUGGAGAGAUUGGAAAAGAAGGAAAGAGAGAGGUUGAAACGAGAGAGAGAGGAGAGAGAGAGGAAAGAAAGAGAGGAAAGGGACAAGAGAGAGAAGGAGAGAUUGGAGAAGGAGGAAAGAGAGAGGUUGAAAAGGGAGAGGGAGGUGAGGGAGAGAAAAGAGAGAGAGGAACGAGAGAGAAAAGAGUUGGAGAGAUUUGAGAGGGAAAAGGAGGAGAGAGAGAAGCUGAAAAGGGAGAGGGAGGCGAGGGAGAAGAAGGAGAGGGAAGAAAGGGAGGCGAAAGAGAGGGAGAGAGUAGAAAAGGAAAAGGAGGAGAGAGAGAGGCUACAAAAGGAGGAGAGGGAGGCGAAAGAGAGAGAGAGGCUGAAAAAGGAGGGGGAGGAGAGGGAGAGAAAAGAGAGAGAGGAACGAAAAAGAAAAGAGUUGGCGAGAUUAGAGAAGGAAAAGGAGGAGAUGGAAUUGGAGAAGAACCAAAAAAGACAAAAACCACAACAAAGGCAGGAAAUGGUUUUGGUCGGAGGCAACUGGGCUCCACUGACAGAGGCCGACCUGGAGGAGAUCGCGUACGAUGAAAGGUCACAGGUCACAGCAGAGAAACCAGAAAGCAGAUCCAUGGACACGGUGCCUACAGCUGAAGCCAGUUUGCUUCAGACGAGAACAGUUGGUUCAACAAAUAAACCAGACGUGACUUCACGCAAAGAUGAUGAUGCUGGAAAGUCCGACUCCGGUUUGAAGUCAAUGAACACAGGGAAGUCGCACGUUAAAUGUCUGAGAGACGAGGGGGAGGAGGAGGAGGAGGAGGUGGAGUAUGAGACGGGACACGAGGACCUGGGCUCCAUCUGGCUGGCUGAGCUGUACAUGGAGGGGCCCACAGGAGCAGGCCACACAGCCCCUGCUGCAGCCCCGACGCCCUCGUUACUUCCCUUCAGUAAACAGGCCAAUUACCAGGGCUGCGCUCCCAGUCGGCCAAAUAAACCAGAACCGCCUGACCUCCAAACCAGUCUGUCCCACCGUCCGCAUCCCAGCCUUCCUUCAGUGUCUGAGCCACAGGAAGGAGUCGGUCUGACGACGGGCGAAGAGCAUGAGCAGGACAAAGAUGUGGCGAAACCGAACCACAUCCCGGAGACCAAAGAAGAAGAGAGUCUGGAAAUGAGGGGUGAUGAUGUCACAGGGAGCGACGUUCCCACCCCGGAUCACAACGCUUCCCCCAAAGAUCAGCAGCUCCUCGAGGAGGAGAGGUUCCUGCUGGCGAAGAUCCACCUGAUGACCGGCGACGCGUCGCCGACCUCCCGCCCCCGCGGCGCGAAGCGGCUCCUGCCCGUCGCAGAGGUCAAAGGUCAAUCAGAAUCUCCCGGCUUCGACUCCCUGCAGGAGGUUCCGUCGGGGGACGAGGACGCGCCUGAAGCUCCACAGGCCGACGUUCCAGACGGCGCCGGGAAGAAACCUGCCGCUCCGCAUCAGUGCGACGUGAGCGCGUCCCGACUGCCGACGCUACCAGAAGAAGAACCCUGUGACGUCAAGACUCGGGACGCAGCACCUGGAGACAGGGAGGAGGUCGACGGCAAAGACGACAGAGCUGAGGACCUGGUGAACUCCAGCCAGUCGCUGCUCCAGUGGUGCCAGGGCAUCACCGGCGGCUACCGAGGGGUCAAGGUCACCAACUUCAGCACGUCCUGGAGGAACGGCUUGGCGUUCUGCGCCAUCCUGCAUCACUUCCACCCAGACAAAAUUGAUUUUGACCAGUUAUACGCUCACGACAUCAAGCUCAACAACAAAAAGGCCUUCGACGGCUUCGAGGCCCUGGGCAUCUCUCGCCUGCUGGAACCCUCCGACAUGGUGCUGCUGUCCAUCCCCGACAGGCUCAUCGUCAUGACCUACCUCAGCCAGAUCCGCACGCACUUCACCGACCAGGAGCUGAGCGUGCUGCAGAUAGAGCACAACAGCAGCCAGUCCAGCUACGGCCCGGCGCCGUCCGGCCCGGCGCCCACCGACGUGGACGCCGCCGCCUUCUGCAUGGCCCGGCUCAACGAGGGAGUGAGUCUGGAGGACGGAGGCAGCAGCACUUUGGUGGUGCCGCCGCCGAGGGCCAAGCGGCUGCUCAAAGUGGACGAAUCGAUAAACCCGCUCCCACCUCCGAGGUCCAUUACCAAGACAGUAAAACCUGGACUCACGCAGGAAGAAACAGAAAACACUAAUAAUACAGGGCUGCAGACGGCAGCUGAGACUCAGACUCACAGGCCAGAGGCUGAAACGAUGUGUCUGCAGGACACCAGCCAGUAUGUUCUGAGUGAGCUGGCGGCGCUGGAGACGGAGCAGAAGCACAUCGACAGCCGAGCGGCUGUAGUAGAGCGGCGGCUCCGGAGCCUCAUGGAAACAGGAAGCGACCGCGAUGAAGAGGAGAGACUGAUCCAGGAGUGGUUCACGCUGGUGAACAAGAAGAACGCUCUGAUUCGCCGACAAGACCACCUGGAGCUGCUGCAAGAGGAGCAGGAUCUGGAGAGGAGAUUUGAGCUCCUGACCAGAGAACUACGGGUCAUGAUGGCUAUAGAAGACUGGCGGAAGACGUCCGCUCAGCAGCAGCGAGAGCAGCUGCUCCUUCAGGAGCUGGUGUCUUUGGUCAACCAGCGCGACGAAAUCAUCCGAGACAUAGACGCCAAGGAGAGAGGGGCUCUGGAGGAGGAUGAGCGUCUGGAGCGUGGUCUGGAGAUGAGGCGGAGAAAGUACAGCAACAAAGACAAAUGUGUGCUACAGUGAGAAGAGAGGACGAGCACAACAGCCUUUACUGGAGAGCACAGGACGUCCUGAGAGAUAUUUUUGUAAUAUUUUCGUAAUUUGUGUGCACAAGAUUUCCUGUGUUUGCCUGAUAUUAUCUUCGAGGGCUAUUGAGGCUGCAGAGUUUUCCUAUUUGUUUUGCUUUUAAGUGCCUAUUUCUGGAGAACAGCCAUAUUUGGCACUGCAAAGUGUGUGUUUUCGACAAUGUUUGUUUUAAAAAGAAUAUUUGUUCAGCUCCACAUGUGAUUAUAAUCACUUCGACCUGACAUGAUAGUAUUACUUUGAUUGUUGGUGCCUGUUUUUAUUUAUUUACAUGAUGUGCCAGACUGCUGUACAGUACAGCUGUUGCUCCCAUGGUGAUUUGUUUGUCAGUCUGUAUAUUCUCUUGUUAGAUUGUAUUUGAACAGUGUGUUCCUGUGGUUACAGGGGAAGUAUGCGUCUCCCUUGUCAUGUCAGAAGCUCCCUAAUACACAGCCAUUGUGUGCUGGUGAUACAUUCUUAGAGUAAUUCUGCAUGUUCACACUGAAAAACUAAAGUACGAAAGGGAAAACCUUUAAGACAUUUUGGAUAUUGCACAUGAUCAGUCGUGAGCUGGACUCAAGCUGGGUGCAUGUUGCCAUGUGCCAGAUGACUCCCUAACAUCGACCACCAAAGCAAAGAAUGUGCCACCUGCGUCCUACACUGCAGCUGAAGGUGUGGAUUUGACUCUGUGCCUCACGUCCCUGUUUGUGACGAACCUGCUUUAUCUGCAGAAAUGAUCCUGUUUCCUCAUUUCUGUGUUGUUCGACUACUUUGUGCAUGUUUUUGCUGUGCACUGAUCCAUUGGUACUUUUCAUUACUGCUGUAUGUCUAUCACACACUGUGCACCUGAUGUUUAUUUAUAACAAGACAAUAUUGGUGAAACAUGCUGUUAAAUUUGAUAGAGAGAUAAAUAAAUAUUGGUUUGUGCUUCCA